AUUCCACGUUCCUCUUCAGAUCGGAGCCUGGAAGCCGUGAGUUUCUUUGUGUGAUCACACCUUCGUUCAGAUCACAAGAACAUCAGAUCCGAAAUCGAAAGACAAAGAGAAAGUGUAAUCAAUGGCUCCGUUCAGCGGCGAUGAGACGGCACCGUUUUUUGGCUUCCUUGGAGCCGCAGCUGCACUUGUUUUCUCCUGUAUGGGAGCUGCCUAUGGCACGGCAAAGAGUGGCGUCGGCGUGGCCUCGAUGGGCGUGAUGAGACCUGAGCUGGUGAUGAAGUCUAUUGUACCUGUUGUUAUGGCUGGAGUUUUGGGUAUUUAUGGCCUUAUUAUUGCUGUUAUUAUCAGUACAGGAAUUAACCCUAAGGCCAAAUCCUAUUAUCUCUUUGAUGGUUAUGCACAUCUCUCCUCUGGUCUUGCCUGUGGCCUCGCCGGGCUUUCUGCCGGCAUGGCUAUUGGCAUUGUUGGUGAUGCUGGUGUUAGAGCCAAUGCACAGCAGCCAAAACUUUUCGUUGGAAUGAUUCUCAUCCUCAUCUUCGCUGAAGCUCUUGCUCUAUACGGUCUCAUUGUUGGUAUUAUCCUGUCAUCUCGUGCCGGCCAAUCUAGAGCUGAGUAAGAAAGGAGCUAUGCCAUAGAAUAUUCGUUGCCACCCCACAUCAUGUUUUAACCCUCUUAUUAAGAGGGAGAGAGGGGGCAAAUUUUUUUAGUCGGAGGUUAGUGAUGCUCGGACAGCACUUGUAGGCUAAAAAGGAAAAACAAAGACUUUGGUGAAAGCAAUUGCUCCACCUGCCGUUUGUUGGUGUUUGUUUGUAUAAGUAGCUUUGCUCAAUAAAGCUUCUCAAGCUUCAUGUUUUUUCUUUUUUCUUUUUUUUUUCCCCUCCUUGUGACAUUGUAUUGUGCCAUAUAAUCUUGAGUUCUAAAUUUUUCAA